AUGGCUUCAGCACCCCCCGUCGGAGCGGAGAACAUCAACACUGAUAUUGUGACUCUAUCCCGCUUUUUCACAGAAGAGCAGAUCAAGUACCCUGAGGCUUCUGGUGAUUUCACACUUCUGUGCCAUGCUCUCCAAUUCUCCUUCAAGUCAAUUGCCUACUACAUUCGUCGUGCCUCCCUGAUCAACCUUACCGGUCUAGCCGGUUCUUCCAACACAACCGGUGACGACCAAAAGAAGCUGGACGUGAUUGGCAAUGACAUCUUCAUCUCCGCCAUGCGCGCUUCAGGCAAAUGUCGCAUCGUCGUCUCCGAAGAGGAAGAGGAAGUGAUCAAGUUCGACGAGCACCCCAAUGCCCGUUACGCUGUCGUCUGCGACCCCAUUGACGGUUCCUCCAACCUGGAUGCCGGUGUCUCUGUCGGUACCAUCUUUGGUGUCUUCCAGCUUCCCGAUGAAGUCCUCGGCCCCAACAAGACCGUUGGCCCUGAGGACCUCCUCCACCCCGGUACGAGCCUGGUGGCCUCCGGCUUCACCAUGUACGGUGCCUCCGCACAGCUGGUUAUCACCAUGCGUGGCGGUGGUGUCAACGGCUUCACCCUCGAGAACUCCCUCGGCGAGUUCAUCCUCACUCACCCUAAUAUGAAGAUGCCUGUCGCUCGCUCCAUCUACUCCGUCAACGAGGGUAACAGCAAGUACUGGGACGAGUGGUGCAACGCCUACUUCCACAGCUUGAAGUACCCCGAGAACGAUGGCAAGCCAUACAGUGCCCGCUACAUUGGUUCCAUGGUUGCUGAUGCUUACCGGACAUUGUUGUAUGGUGGUAUCUUCGCCUACCCGGCUGACUCGAAGAGCCCUAAGGGCAAGCUUCGUAUUCUGUACGAGUGUGCUCCCAUGGCUAUGCUGUUCGAGAACGCUGGCGGUCUCGCUGUCAACUCGCGUAUGGAGCGCUUGAUGGAGGUUGUUCCUGAGAACAUUCACGAUAAGAGUGGUGUCUUCCUCGGCUCCAAGGAUGAGGUUCAGAAGGUCAUUGAUAUGUACAACAAGUACAAGAAAUAA